AUGACCGACCCCAACAAAGGCACCAAAAUCACCCUCUACUGGCUCUCCCAAUCCCGCUCUCACCGCAUCCUCUGGCUCCUCGAAGCCCUGCACCUCAACUACGAGCUAAAGAUCUACCACCGCGGACCCGACAAGCUCGCGCCCCCGGAACUGAAAGAGAUCCAUCCGUUAGGAAAGUCGCCUCUCCUGACUAUCCAGCCCGCGAAUGCCACUCCAGACCAGAAGCCCAUUGUGCUGGCUGAAUCGGGUAUUAUCAUCGAGUACCUGCUCGAUCACUUCGGCUCCAAUGCAGAGAAACCUCUCCUCCCGCCCCGGUGGAAAGAUACCCAAGAUGGUGUAGUUGGCGGAGAAACAGAGGAAUGGAUGCGCUAUCGGUACUUCAUGCACUAUGCUGAGGGCAGUCUCAUGCCGUUUUUGGUCAUGCAGUUGGUUAUGGAUACGGUGAAAAACCCCCCUGGAAUGCCCUUCUUCGUCAAGCCUCUCCCGCGCCUCGUCGCGGGCCAGGUCGAGAAGGCGUUCCUGGCGCGAAACAUCCAGUCGCACUUGGAGUUCCUGGAAGAUCAGCUGCGGAGUAGUCCUAAUGGGGGUGCCUAUCUCUGCGGGACGGAGUUGACGGCCGCGGACAUUAUGAUGAGUUUCCCGGUGAUUGCUAUGUCCGGGAGGUUGGAGGAGCAGUUGGACAAGUUUCCGCUGCUGAAGGGGUAUGCGGAUAGAUUGGAGAAGGAGGAGGGAUAUAUUAGGGCUGUGAAGAAGGUGGAGGAGGUGGAUGGGAAGUUUGAGGCUUCCCUGUGA